UAAUACCGGCUUUUUCAAUUAUAAUAAAUUCAAUGUUACCUGAUAUGUGAAAUACGAAAAACAAAUCAAGCCUGUACACAAAAAUAAAUAGCAUCCACACGUCACUUGUCGUCCAAACUGGUUAUAAGCAAAAGCAAACAAAACUAAUGAUAACUUUACCAUUGGCUAUCAGAAUCAUUGGUUAGCUUUUAUUUUCACAUGAAUCGAGACACAACUUGUUUUCUGAUUUCAUUUUCAAGGCCAUUUAAGUGCGCGCACGCGAUCACAUCAAAUAUGUGUAUAUGGAAAGCGCUAGCGCGUACUUUUCCCUUUCUGCAAAAUAAUCAUGAGAGAAAUAAAAAAUGAAAUUGCCCAUUUUGAUGGCACUAGGUAGUGGUCAGCCAUAAAUGCAGUUGAACAGUCGCGAUCUGUUGACUUCAACGUGUACACACAAUUUGUAAAUGCAAUGGAAAUGUUUGUUGCCGUAAAAUUUGUGAUUUUUAUCGGUGCAUUAGCAUCACUUAGUGAUGCGUUUCAAACAUGCCCCGGUCAUAAGCAUUACGAAGAAUUGAAAUGCACACCAAUCAGAGAUAAACCAGACGAUAAAUGCCCAUCACGAUAUGAGUGUCCAGAUUUCAAAGCGCUCGAUCGAUCCGUGUGCCAUUUGAAUGGUAAAAAAUAUAACAUUGGCAAUAACGUUUCAACCAGUUUACCAACAUGCACAAAGUCUUGCAGCUGCGAUGGUGCUGAAGAUGAAUUUGGUUUUUCGUGUGAAUUCGAUGAAUGUGCCGAGGCAAAAGACAAACCAAAAUUACAUUGUGCCUAUCAAUUUACAAUUGACAGUUGUUGUUCAACAAAUACAGUAUGUGAUAAAGAUGAAAUUGACAAAUUACAUCGAUGCUGGCACAAUGGCCAUCAAUUUGUUGAGGGAAAUUUAAUUUAUCCAACAAACGCUCCGUGCUAUAAAUGCCUGUGCGACAAGAACUACGACAACAAUACUGAUGUAUCUGAAAGCAAAAGCUGUAAACCGGUCGAUUGUGGUAUUGAAUUGCAUCAGUUAAACUAUUUACAAUUAGGUUGCAUUCCGGUUUAUUUUGAUGAUGGACUCUGUUGUCCAUUCGAAUUCAAGUGUCCAAUUGAAACCGACUUAAUCGAAGAAAUUGGUGUUAAGUCAGAGCAUGUCUGUAAAUAUGCUGAUCGAUCAUUGAAUAUUGGUGAUAAAAUCAAAACAGCUGAUCAAUGUUUGGAAUGUUCGUGUGAAGUCCCGCCGAUGGCCCAGUGCAUUCGUACAAUAACAACCGAAAAAUGUCAUUAAAAUUCGUCUAGAAAAUCGAUUUCGAUACGGUUAUCUGAUCUGAGUCAUAAUAAAAGAAAUAG